AUGACCCUUCUGUCAUCCCUCCGCGACCUGUACUCCCUCGAUACCCUAGACACGCGAUUUACGAAUUCCUCAACGCCAUUAAAGUCUGUCAAUGAGGCGGCCUCCAAGCAGACAGUAAGAGAUGGAAAGACACAACCUACAGAAGCAUCACAGCCACGAUGGAGGACUACCGAGUUCUAUGUGUAUCUGGCCGUCUUCUUGUUUUGCGUCCCACAGAUGUAUUGGGCUGUAGUCAGUGUAUCGCAGCCUGAUUCCCCAAACUACUCCAAAUAUGAGCAUCUUCUUUCUCCGGGUUGGCUAUUCGGUCGGAAAGUGGACAACUCCGAUGGCCAGUAUGCUGGAUUUCGAGACAACCUCCCAUACUUGGCAGCUCUAGUUAUUUUGCACCCUCUUCUUCGCCGGGCCUAUGAACGUCUCGUUUCUCCCAGUCCAGUGUCUACCAACUGCAGUACGAAUGCGCAGUCUCCUGUUGCCCAGUCCACAGCCGAAUCCCGGCUUCGACACCGGCUUGCGUUCGACUUUGGUUCGGCGUUGAUCUACAUUCUUGCAUUGAACGGCUCCUCUAUCUUCAAAAUCCUGCUCAUCCUGUUCAUCAACUUCAAAAUUGCCACUGCCCUUCCCCGAGACGCGAUUCCGGUAGCGACGUGGGUUUUCAACAUUGCCAUUCUCUUCGCCAAUGAACUUGCUCAAGGCUACCGAUACUCGGUCAUGGCCGAGGCCCUGGUGCCUUUCAUUCCCGUUGCGGCCGAUUGGAGCAAAUUCUUGGAUUCUUACGGAGGUUUAAACCCGCGUUGGGAGGUUCUUUUCAACAUUACUGUGCUACGCAUGAUCUCUUUCAAUUUUGACUAUUACUGGUCGUUGGAUCGUUCGAGAGCAGGGAGCCCUAUUGAGAAGAAGCAACUCGAUGCGUCUACACUCUCCGAAAGAGAUCGAGUCAAGAUGCCAGCUCCAGUAUCAGCUUAUACCUCCUUUCGUACAUACCUCGCCUAUGUAUUAUAUCCGCCUCUUUAUCUGGCUGGUCCGAUCUUGACUUUCAAUGAUUAUAUUUCCCAAUCCACCUAUCGGCCACCAUCCGUGACGACCAAGAGGAACGCGCUCUACGGAAUUAGACUUCUGAUCACAAUGUUUUGCAUGGAGUUUCUCAUACACACUGCCUACAUGGUUGCCAUCUCCAAGGCCUCGCCGGACUGGUCUGUAUAUACGCCGUUUCAACUCAGCAUGCUCGCCUACUUUAAUCUGCACCACAUCUGGCUAAAGUUAAUGAUCCCCUGGCGGUUUUUCAGAUUUUGGUCUUUAAUGGAUGGUAUUGACCCACCAGAAAACAUGGUUCGAUGUAUGAGCGACAAUUAUUCGGCUUUUGGCUUUUGGCGCUCGUGGCACCGAAGCUUCAACAGAUGGACAGUCCGCUACGUCUACGUACCCCUUGGAGGAGGUCCUGGUGGCGGCUCAGGCACCGUGCGCGGCAUCCUCAACAUGCUAGCAGUCUUCACCUUCGUGGCCUUGUGGCACGAUAUCCAACUCCGCCUCCUAUUGUGGGGCUGGUUGGUUGUGCUUUUCGUGUUACCAGAAGUUCUCGCAACUAUGGCGUUCCCAGCAUCAAAAUGGAAGAAUCGUCCUAAUACAUACCGCGUCAUUUGUGGGAUUGGAGCGGUCCUUAACAUUUUGAUGAUGAUGGCAGCCAACCUAGUCGGUUUCGCUGUAGGAUUGGAUGGAUUGAUGGGGCUUGUGAAUGGAAUUGCUGGCUCCUGGCAAGGUGCCGUCUUCAUGCUCGGCGCCUGCUCUGCAUUGUUUGUCGGAGUUCAAGUGAUGUUCGAACAUCGUGAAGAGGAAAAGCGAAAAGGAAUCAAGCUGAAAUGUUGA